AUGGCAAUGAGAAUAGAAGAGUUAUAUGCUCAACACCAAACUGAUAUUUCAAAAUUACAACAAACUAUACACGAGUUGGCAGAUCAAGUCAAGAAACUUACAAAGGAGAAUGAUGAAGCGGAUAUGGUCAAUUAUCUUAAAGAAAUUGGCAUUGGAGAAGUACACUGUCGUUUAUUAAACAAACAAGAUAUCAUCAAUGAUAUUGCACAGGAAAACGACACUGAAGAAGAUAAAUAUUAA